AUGCACGAGUGGCAGCUCAGAAGACAACAGGAGGCAGAGACCGAGGACGACGCCCACGCGCCGUCCUCUCUGCGCGAAAUCCUCGAAAUGGCACCCGAAGCCAACAAGACCCCGAUCCCCGUCAUCUGCUGCGGCAAGACGGAGCAGAUCGGCCGGGGCGUGAUCGAGGGCCUGAAGCCCGAGUACGAAGUAAUCCACUUCAUCACCACGCCCGCCUCGGGAGCCGCCAUCAUCCCCGCCAUCCUGGCCGGCCAGACCCCGCCGCCGACGCACGCCGACUCGAGCGCCAUCGGCUCCGGCAACUACGCGGCGGCCCCGCGCGCCAUCAUCCUCGGCUCCGCCUUCGACGACGACGCGCUCGCGACCAUCAAGAAGGGCGUCGCCGACGCUGCUGCGAAGGCGGGCGGUCCCGAGAUGAGAAAGGUGCCCUGGGUGAGGAACGACACGAGCAAGCCGGCGCCGCCGAUCGGGCCCGAGUACGGAAGGGCCGUGGUGGCGAGGUGUAAGGAGGCGCUGGGACGGCUGGAGAAGGAGGGGAAGCUGGAUGGGGGGUAUGAUGGUGAUGAGUGGUACUGA